ACGACGCGCAUAUCAGGGCCGGCGCGUCGGCAAAUAACCUCAUUCUGUAUACUGACUGAUAUUUAGAAGGUCUUCUCUUCUACACUGGGUUUAAAUAGGUGAUUCCAGCAGAAGUGAGAUCCACAGCUCAAGUACCGCCAUGGCCGCGCUGUCGGGAGGAGAGAUGUGCAUCAAAUACUUGAUGUUUGCCUUCAACCUGGUAUUCUGGCUUGCAGGCACUGCUGUCUUUGCUAUAGGCCUGUGGCUAAGAUUAGACCCAAAGACCAAAGGCCUGUUUGAGGGAUCAGACUCUCCAUAUGUGUUUUACACAGGUGUAUAUAUCCUGAUAGCGGCUGGAGCACUGAUGAUGGUGGUGGGUUUUCUUGGAUGUUGUGGGGCCAUCCAGGAGUCCCCCUGUAUGCUGGGACUGUUCUUCUUCUUCCUGCUUAUCAUAUUUGCCAUUGAGGUUGCAGCUGGAAUCUGGGUAUUUUCCAACCAAAGCAAGGUGGUGAAUGACAUCACAACGUUCUACAUGCAGACCUACACGAAAUUUGUGACAACAGGAGAUGAUCGCCUCAAAGAGACUCUGAGAUUGAUUCAAACCGGGCUGAACUGUUGCGGGCCAACUGGUACUGUAGAAGACAUUGCCAAAGACACCUGUCCCAGGGGAGAGCCACUUGAGGAGCUCAUUACGAAGAGCUGCCCUGACACUAUUGAUGAGGUGUUUGACUCCAAGCUACACAUCAUAGGAGGAGUGGGCAUCACCAUCGGUGUUGUUAUGGUGUUUGGAAUGAUCUUUAGCAUGCUCCUGUGCUGUGCCAUCAGGAAGUCUCGGGAGGUGGUGUGACACCCACCAUCACAUCUUGGAGUCCUUAUUAAUGUUGCAUGAUGUCAUUCCUGGAGUCACAUGACUCUCCACUGCCAAUAGAAACACUGCUUGUUCAAGGGGGAUAAUCUAAGCUAGGCUGCCUGCAGAUAUUUCUGAUUAUUACAUAAUGCAUCAGUUAUAACUGUGCUGCUGACACUUAGACCCAUCCUCCUGGACUAGAUAGAUGUGAUGUGGUUAUUAGGCCCAACUAUAGAAUGGGGGUCAUCUGUGCUUCAGUGGCAAUGUAGUACAGAAAUGUGUAAUUUGGUGGUCAUUUGAUUGAAAUUAGUGUUUGUGAACUACUAAUUAUCUAAACAAAGGAUCAUAUUAUUGUAUACUGAUCACAUUUCUAUUGCUAUCACUUGGGGUCACCAGAAGAGUCAUGGUUCAGGGCCAUAAAAAAGGCAGCCACCAACAUUUCAGCACAAUACAGCAGUGGCCAAUGAAAUUCACUAGUCCUUUUUAUUACAACACUGAAGUCAAACCGUGGUGACUAGUAGCCAAUUCAAUGCCGAGCUGUGAACUGCGGUGUCUGUGGUUUCUUCCAGCUUGGUAUUCCAGUAGCAUCUUGGUACAUCUUCAUUGGUACUUUUCAUUUUUUCCUUUCCUUUCUUUCUCCAUCCCUAACUCGCCCUUUCUAUAAACGCCUUUAAUUUUUUGUCAUGUUUUGUAAAUGUCUUCUUUUUUAUUUGUAAAAGAUUUAUACACUUAGGUGGUUGUCUGGUGCAUUGGUUGGAUGAUGUAUUUUAUAACGUUCUUUUCAUUUUACAGAGAUUGGGUUGAUUUGAUACCAUAUGCACUAUGUUUCACAGAGGCAAAAAUGAAUGAGAACCAAAUAAACCACAAUGUACUGACUGAGU